GAGCUGUGGGCAGCGGGGAACACACAGGGGCACACUGCAGCACUGGGAGCGGGGCUGGACCCUGCUGCCAUCAGGGUGGGGGCAGCUCUCGCUGGGGGAGAUGUCGGGAUAGGUCCUUAAAGCCCAGCAGCCCACUGGGGCAUCGGCACCGGACAGCACUCAGCUUCUGGAGGGGAUUUCUGCAGCUACAGUUCUCCUCGCCAAGGGAUGUACCAUCAGGUGAGGUGGCUCGCGCUGUGGCACAGCUGCGAUGGCAGUGUCAGCCCAUGGGGUGCUCGGUGCUCCAGGGCCCCGUGUGCAGCUUCACCCGAAGCUCGAGGCUCGUGCAUCCUGCAAACGCAUCCUGUGAGCACGUGGCACCCACUACGAGCCCAGCUCCCAGGCUCAGGCUCCCACCGGGUUUUCUCUUUUCCAGAGCAAGCGCCCGAGCAGGGCCUGGACAGGUUCACCUACGACUAUGAGACCGUCCGCAAUGGGGGGCUGAUCUUCGCCGUCGUGGCUUUUGUGGUCGGGCUCCUCAUCAUCCUCAGCCAGCGGUUCCACUGUGGAGGGAAGAAGAAGAGGAGACAAGGAAACGAGGAGGACCUGUAGCUGCAGAGCUGUUGUGGGAGGAGAGCUUCAUCCAAAGCUGAGAAGUCCUUGCCAAGGGCCACCCCUUGUCCCGCUCCAGUGCAUCCAUUCAUUACCCUGCUCACCCCCGGCGAGGCCGGGACGCUAAUUGCCCUCGUGCUUUCCCCUCUGGUAGAUCCAGCAAGUGUUUCUUAGCUAAUAAAGUUCCAGCUGAGAGACGUUCAA